ACGGCACGCCCCAACCACAGUCCCUGCGAUUCGCGCGUCAAAGGCCUGUACCAGCUGUGCGGAGAGUAGCUUCAAGGCAGCACGGCCACGGGUGCUGUGAGUUACGCACGAUCACUUUGAACUCAAUAGGCGCUAGAAGAACACAUAUUGCGAGCUGAGGCGCGCUUGCACCUUAGCAUGCAACCACUAGCGUAGGCCUGCCAAAGCGAACGAGGCCGGCGAGGAACGCCGGCGUGGUCUAUCUGCACAGCAUAACCAUGGCCACGCGACUUCCGUUAAUUCUGCUAGUCAUUGCGGCACUUCACGCCGCGUCGGCCGUCCAUGUACCCGACACCUACGCGCGCUGGGCGCUUGAGCGAAACGAGGACAAGCAGCAUCGCCGUCUGAAGUCGGAGCUGGUCCCAGAUGGCAUUCCAAGCAUGGAGAGCGUUAAAGGUACAGACCUUCCUAUUCAGGGGAUGCCGAGUCGCACCACACGCCGGCUGCUGCAGAGCUCGGGGUCCAGCUUCACCGCGCCCCCAGACUUGUCGGUGCUUACGGGGGGACUGGACUGCAUUGCGGAUCCCAAGGCAAACGCGCUUUACCCGGUGGCCGUGGCGCCGCCGGGCGGCAGUCGUGUCGGCAAUGUGCUGUGUGUGGAGGUGAACCGGGACGUGGGCGCCUGCAGCGCUGCUGGGUCAGCCUGCUGCACGGCCAUGCGUGUGGGCGGCAUCCAGAUACCCAGCCGCUCUCGCUGCUCCGCCGCGGUGCAGUCGGUGGAGGUGGAUGGCGCGGCCUGGAGCAGCUGGGGCUGGGAGGCGGGCAGCGCCAGCCUGCGCAUCACGGGGCUCAACAAGGUCACCGGCGGCACCAAGACCGUGUGCAUCACACUGGGGCAGGACUCGGCGUGCAGUCGGCCCCGGCGCUUCUGCCGCGACAACGGCGACGGCAGCGGCAGCACCUGCAUGAUGCUGGUGUACAACGCCGGGGCAGGCCCCUCCAAGGCCGCCGCCCCCAACUGCUGCCCCCUCUACGACGUCGACCUACGAGCCGCGGCCGUCACCGACGGCGUGACCAGCAGCCCCCCGCCGCCCAGCCCCACCCCGCCCAGUCCGCCGCCGCCGCCCAGCCCUGAGCCGCCCAGCCCCCCACCACCGCCCAGCCCACAGCCGCCCAGUCCAGAGCCCCCCAGUCCGCAGCCCCCCAGCCCCCUUCCGCCGUCGCCGGCUCCACCCGCCCCUCCCAGCCCUGUUCCACCCAGCCCUGUUCCACCCAGCCCAGCCCCUCCCUACCCACCAUCGCCGGCACCGCCGUACCCGCCCUCGCCACGGCCGCCGGUCCCCCCUUCACCACGGCCUCCAAGCCCACGUCCGCCUUCCCCCAAGCCUCCCUCGCCCGCGCCUCCUUCCCCCGCUCCUCCCUCACCCGCUCCUCCCUCGCCCGCGCCCCCUUCCCCUGCGCCUCCCUCGCCCGCCCCUCCCUCCCCUGCGCCUCCCUCCCCUGCGCCUCCUUCGCCCGCGCCUCCCUCACCCGUCCCUCCCUCGCCCGCCCCUCCCUCGCCCACUCCUCCCUCGCCCGCACCUCCUUCGCCCACUCCUCCCUCCCCCACUCCUCCCUCGCCCGCACUCCCUUCGCCUUCACCCCUGCCGCCGCCACUCCCGCUGCCACUAGCUGUCCCGGCGACAGUGCCGUACCCGCCGCCGUACUACACAUCAGUCACGUCACCGCCACCGGUGUACGGCGUUUAUUCCGCACAGCCGCCUAUGUACGGCGUUUACUCCGCACAGCCGCCGGUGUACGGCGUUUAUUCCCCACCGCCGCCGUACACGGCCAGUGUCUACCCACCACACUACCCUGCAUCUCCUCCUGCCGCUGCCGUGCUGCCCAAGCCUUCGCCCCGGCCCUCGCCGUUCCCGCUCUCGCCACCUCCAGGCAGCCCCCCUCCCUCUCCACCCCCGCCUUCGCCGCCGCCCCCCUCACCAGCGCCUUCCCCGUCGCCAGUGCAAGCACCGCCAUCGCCAUCGCCCUCCCUGCGACCGUCUCCCCGUCCCACGGCCUUCCCUCUGUCCUCUCCCGCCAGCCCCCUGCCUUCGGCCUCGCCACCUCCUUCACCGGCGCCGCCCGUGCCACCUCCGCCUCCCUCGCCACAGCCCCCCAGUCCACCGCCGCCGCCCACUCCUCCUUCUCCUGUUCCUUCACCUCCUCCCUCGCCGCCACCGCCCUCGCCUCCUCCUCCUUCACCCCCGCCCCCUCCUCCCUCACCGCCCCCUCCCGACCCGCCUCCGCCCUCGCCAUCGCCCCCUCCUCCCGACUUACCUCCUCCCUCGCCCCCUCCUCCCUCACCGCCCCCUCCUGACCCACCUCCGCCCUCGCCAUCGCCCCCUCCUCCCGACUCUCCGCCUCCCUCGCCCCCUCCGCCCUCACCACCCCCUCCCGACCCACCUCCCCCCUCGCCGCCUCCGCCCUCGCCUCCUCCUCCAGACCCCCCACCACCCUCGCCACCACCUCCUGACCUACCGCCUCCCACCACAACCAAGGACCGCAGCCCCCGGCCUCCUAUCCACCCACCUCAACCGCCACGCCCGCCGCGGCCUCCUGCCCGGCCCGCUGACGAGGCUGCGCCCCCGGAUGGCAUGCCGCCACCAGACUCCGCGCCGCCAGGGGACUUCGCGCAGCCCCCGCCGCCGCCGCCACCCCCUCCUGCCAACUUUGCAGUGGUGCCAUCACGGCUGGCGACGUCGUUUGGUGGAACCUACACGACGUUACUCGUCAAUGGCAAGAGCACUUGCAGGUACCAGGUCACUCUGUCCGCCCGCCUGCUGUUGGGCGGCGGGCGGCCGGCGGGCGGCCGCAUCACAGGUCUGGCGCUGCGGCUGGCGGCGGGCGCCAAUACCGAGCUGCGCUUCCCCAGCGCCAAGGCCAUCUACCGCUCGCUGACGGUGUGGAUGGGGGCCGCCGCCAAGAGGCCCGCUGAUAUGACCCGGGCCUUCGACAACAACAUGGUCACCAACACCCGCAGCCUGGUGCACCUGGCGCGCCCGUUCACGCUGGAGGCCGGCGCAUUCAAGACCGGCGCGAGCAGCUGGUUCUGGAUCGCCUUCUCCAGCGGCGGAUACACGUACACGGGCGGUGACCUGGUGGUUGAGAUCGUGCUGUCAGACGUCGUGGGCGGCGCGCCCAAGCCCGUGCCCUUCGACGCCUACCCCAGCGGUCCGGACGCUGCCGCCGCCUACGCGCCCAACUACAAAGCCACCAGCGCCACGGGUCCAGCCAACCGUGACGUACUGGCCAUGCUGCUGCCGUACACCAACUAACUAACUGGCAGCGCCAGCAGCAGUUCGCGCGCCGCCACUGGCCAGCACUGCUUGGUGGCGGUGGCUCGCCGUCACCCACAGACGCACACACGCACCUCCUUCCCACGUGCUCCCGUGAACACGUAGAUGCCAAUGGCUCGACUGCUUUAUGCGCCUGUCGUGAUUGACAUUGACGGACUGGGGCGACGUCCCAGUUUGGCGAGCACCCCUUCACCAAGCUUAUUAACCUAGCGCGCACGGUUUGCAAUUUGUGACUCUGCACACGUAUGUAGCGAUAGCCCGCCGUGCGCGGGACUGCUUGCGCCUCACGGCCUGUAGCUCUAGAAGUAUUGUUUUCAUAGUAUGGCGCCUGACUUUUGCGGCGGCGCGCUCUGGCCAGCCCUUGAUUGCAUGCGUUGGCAGUUUUGAUUGCUCAUCAGUUGCCUGUCUUAGAUGCGGGAGGGUUGCAGGUGUGGGGCCAGUGUGCCGCUUCCCGCAGGCGGCUAACACGUUAGGGCUGUAAUAGCACGGUGCGCGAAGCGGUGAUUCAUCUGGAGUUAGCUCUCUUAGUUGGCCCUGCAUGGGGCUAUCUAUUCUUUAAUAGGCUGGACUUCUUGUGCUGGGUUAUGUCUAUCUUGACCCAAUGCUCUUUAUCCCCUGUGUGGAUACAUAAUACGUACUGGCGGCGUAUAGCUGUAUGGCUGGGAAACUAGCAGGUUCCAUCACUCAUGUAUAAAGUGACUGGAGCUUUAAGCAGUAAGCAGAGGAGUUUUACAAGUAACAAACUUGCCCACCAUUGUAACACGUUCUGAUG